CCUGUUGCUUGUGACCUUCAGCCUCUCCGCCCUACCUUGACCUCUGCCCUGCCCAUCACCAUGCAAGUCGAACUGAACAAGGCGCAGUUUAGCUCGCGACUGCAGACGAUAUACGACGGGUGGAAUGGAUCGGGUCAUGCUGAAGAGUAUGGACCCAUAAGCGACGUGGAGGGAUUGCUUCUUCUGUCUGGCGAUCCUGCAGGAGAGGAUGAGCCGAUACGAAAAGGGACUGCGUUCCAGACGUGGCUUCUUGGUUAUGAAUUCCCCUCCACAUUCAUUCUCUUCCUCAAAUCUAGAGUGUUGAUGCUAUGCUCGGCCAACAAAGCCAAGCAUCUGCAGCAGGUAAAAGACGCGCACCCUAAUGUAGGGGUUGAGAUAUUGUCCAUGGCGAAAGGAAAGGAACCACCUUCGGACGCGUUGCCCAAAUUUGUGGAAGCAUAUUCGGCAUGCAAGCGCGUCGCCUGUCUUACGAAGGAGACCUACUCGGGCAAAGUAUACGCAGAAUGGGAGAAGGCGUUGGGCGGUCUAGAUACGAAGCCCGAGAUUGUCGACCUAGCGCCCGCUAUGUCCACUUUCAUGGCCGUGAAAGAUGAUGAUGAAAUUAAACUGACUCGAACGGCAGCUGCUUUGACUUCGACACUGCUGACUCAUCACAUCGCGGUCAAGUUGGAGAUGAUUCUGGACAAGGAGGCCAAGAUAACACACGAGCAAUUUGCCGCACAAAUUGAAGGUCGACUUGGGUCUGGUGAAGGAGAUAACGCAAAAGGACCUGACAUGAAGGUGUGGAGUAAGGGCCGGGGACUCAAUGAUGUCGACUGGGGCUCGACAGAGUUUUGUUAUUCGCCCAUCAUCCAGUCACGGUCAACAAACACUGGAUAUGACUUGCGUUCCACUCACGAGUCAACAGACGAUGCCAUUGCUCACAAAGGCGUAUUCUUGAUUGCAGUUGGGAUGCGAUACAAGAGCUACUGCGCUAAUGUAGGCAGGAGUAUCAUUGUGGACCCAUCGAAGGCAAGUCCCGAACAAGAGGAAAUCUACAACCUCCUGCUUUCUCUACAAGGCGAAGUGCUUAGGGAGAUGAAGAACGGGGUAAAGGCUCGAGAAGUUUAUCAGACAGCCAUUGACUUUGUCCGGUCGAAAAAGCCGGAGCUCGAAAAGAACUUUGUCAAGAAUAUUGGUUCUGGGACAGGGAUUGAGUUCCGCGACUCUGCAUACUUGCUCUCACUCAAGAACUCUCGCCCUCUCCGGACCAACAUGAUCUUUAACCUCACCCUCGGCUUUUCCGACCUUGUCGACGAGGGCGGAAAGAAAUAUGCCCUUCAUUUAGUGGAUACCGUCCGAGUGAAUGCUGACAAGGCCUCGUUGAUGACGGAGGGCGUGCGAUCUACCAAGGACACGCUUUUCUUCCUCAACCCUGAAAAUGAGGAUGAGUACGAAGAAGAGCUCUCGUCUAAAGCCAAGGGUAAGGCUCCUGCAAAGUCGCAUGCCAAUGGGUCACCUGUGAAGAACAAGACGGCUGGUGGCAAGGUUCUUCGCAACAAGACUCGCAGCGCUGCACAGGAAGAGGUCCUUCAUACUGCCGCUGCUAGAAUCAAAGAACAUCAAGGCGAAUUGCAUUCAACUUUGCAGAAUGAGGGUCUUGCAAAGUACGCCGAAGGCGGUUCUGCUGGCGCUGGGAAGGAAGGGAAGGGUUGGAAGCGAUUUCAGAGUUAUAAAGGCGAGGGAGCCCUACCCAAAGACGUGGAGAGUCUGCGGAUUGUGGUUGACCGCAAGGCACAAACGAUCAUCCUGCCCGUCCAUGGAUUCGCCGUGCCCUUCCAUAUCAACACCAUCAAGAAUGUCAGCAAGAACGACGAGGGCGAGUUUACAUACCUCCGAAUCAACUUCCAAACGCCUGGUCAGCUUGCUGGCAAGAAGGAGGAUACGCCAUUUGAGGACCCGGACGCAACGUUCAUCCGUUCGGUUACUUAUCGGUCGACUGAUGGACAUCGCUUCGAUCACAUCUCAAAGCAGAUCACGGAGCUGAAGAAGGAAGUGAACAAACGCGAGCAGCAGAAGAAGGAAUUUGCGGAUGUCAUCGAGCAAGAUACGCUGGUCGAAAUCAAGGGCAGACGGCCCCAGAAGUUACCCGAAGUGUUUGUACGGCCCGCGCUCGAUGGCAAACGAUUGCCAGGAGAGGUCGAGAUUCACCAGAACGGUCUUAGGUAUCAGUCCCCUAUGGGAUCCCAAAAGAUCGACGUUCUAUUUAGCAACAUCAAGCAUUUGUUCUUUCAGCCGUGUGACAAGGAGCUCCUUGUCAUCGUUCACGUCCACUUGAAGGCUCCGAUUCUCGUUGGAAAGAGAAAGGCUCACGACAUCCAGUUCUUCCGCGAGGCAUCCGAUGUCCAGUUCGAUGAGACCGGUAACCGCAAGCGCAAACAUCGUUACGGUGACGAAGACGAAAUCGAAAUGGAGCAGCAAGAGCGUAAACGGCGGCAAAUGCUAAACAAGGAGUUCAAACUCUUUGCUGAGCGAGUUGCGGAGGCGGCGUCGACUUCAACAGGUGACACUCUCGAAGUAGAUAUUCCUUUCCGAGAACUCGCCUUUGAAGGUGUACCGUUCCGGACCAACGUUCGUCUGCAACCCACAACGGAAUGCCUUGUCCACCUCGUCGAGCCUCCCUUCCUUGUCGUCACACUGUCAGACAUUGAAAUCACAUCACUAGAGCGCGUUCAGUUCUCGCUGAAACAAUUCGAUAUGGUUCUCAUCUUCAAAGAUUUCACCAAACCGCCGCUUCAUAUCAACUCCAUACCAAGUUCGCAGCUGGAUGAUGUUAAAAAUUGGCUUGACUCCGUAGACAUCGCUUUCAGCGAGGGCCCUGUCAACUUAAACUGGGGCCCUAUCAUGAAAACCAUCAAUGAGUCACCGUACGACUUCUUCCAACAAGGCGGGUGGACUUUCCUCGGGGGUGGUGGCGCCGAGAGCGACAACGAGUCGGAUUCAGGGUCCGAGUCUGAGUUCGAGGCUGACUCCGAAGAACUUGUUUCGGAGGAGAGCGAAGCGGCGGAGAGCGAGUAUUCUGACUUCUCUGACGCCAGCGAUGACUCCGGUGGAGGAUCGUUUGACGAUGGCGAUAGCGAUGGCGAUGAUUGGGACGAGCUCGAGCGGAAAGCAGCUAAGUGUAAGUUGAUCUCUUAUUCAAACAAUCCCGUGCUAAUGUUUCCAGCCGACGCCAAACAUGCUGAGGUCAAGGGCGGUCGUGGGUCCGAUUCCGAAGAUGAAAGGCCCAAGAAGAAAAAGGGUGCCGCUGCUAGUGGGUCCAAAGGACGAGCCAAUGGCAAGCCUGCCGCUAACGGCAAAUCGAAGCGGUGAAUGCCCAGCUCUCUCCUGUCUCAUUAACAUUGGUCUUGCGUUCUUGGCAACCCUUCAAGCUUCAAGUCUGCCGUCUAUCUUACUCGAAUCGCAUUUUAUUUUGCUUUUGAUCCAUUCGUAGUUACAAUCCCUGAUUUUGCAAUUGUGUUAUGUACCUGUACUCAAGUUCAAAUUUUCCGUUCAAAC